AUGAAGAAGUCGACUUCCAAGCGUAAGCCAUACUUUCUAAAUGGUCGACCUCGGCCAGCAGUGUCGAUAGCGAAGCCGCAACUAGAACCAAAAUAUGACCCAGACUCUGGACAAGUUUAUCAAGAGAGAGAAAUACGAUUCGUCAGCAAAAGAAACACCGACUGGACCCGAGAGCGAGUUGGCCGAGAUGUCAUUCACAGAGAUCGUCCUCCAGAGAAAGGCACGCGUUCGCUGGCCGAGACCGCCAUAUUCGAACUCGCUAGACAUUCGGAGGACCUUACGCCCGAACAUUUCGCAUCUGUCCCUUGGCCCAUGGCCAGACGGAUCUGGGAUCGCUUAGUGUCAAGAGGUCGUCACAGCUUUCACAUCUGGAGGAUAUUUGCAGUAUCGUACCCAGGGGCAGAGGAAUUCGGACAUCCUGACUAUAGACACCGCGUGGACAUUCUACAUCCAACCUUGCCAUAUACCGAUUAUUUCACAGGUAUCACGUCCAAUGAUCUGAAUUGGCUGGCAUGUCUGCGUGUCUCACCAAAGCAGAUGAGCGCCACUGACAUGGUUUCCAUUCACAAAGUCACCAACCUGGUGGUUCUGGAUCUAUCCGAUGGGCAAAUCAGUCUUGAUAAUCGUACAUCACCGUUCGACGAACGAAUAAUGCGGUCAUGGGCAGAACUUGCGGAAGCAGGCCAAGCGUUUCAGCUUCUACGUGUCAUUCUUUUCGGAUGGCAGGAGCACAUCUGCAAGUGGCUAUUCAAGUAUGUCGAUGUAUUUCCGUCCUUGUGCCAUGUCAUUGUCACAGACUGUCCCAGAAUGCAUCAGAGGAACAGAAGGGAAUGGGAGCCCUUUUCGACAGCUGCUGGCUGGGAUGCGAGACAUGCCAAGAGGAGUGCGAAAGAUUUGAGGCCCAUCGUCGAGCGUGGUGAGGCCGGGAAGGGCUACGUUUGCGGCUUCUAUGAUGAGAGCCAGAGUGUCUACGAAGACCUCGUCCACCCGCGGCGGCCAGACUUGGUGGAGAGACUGCCUUUGCUGGACACCGAGAUAGGGACACCACGACAGUGGAGACACAUCGUCGACGACUUUCCGUCGACAAGAACAAUUCUCUUCGACAAUAUCAAGACAAAGGCCUGGGAGGAGGAAGGGAAAAACCCGCAUGUCGUCGAUAUACCUCAGAGUAAGAGGUUGAGGAAUUCAGAAGGUGUGAACCAAGGCACGGCCUCUCCUCCGGCAAAACGAAGCAGUCAGACAGCGCCCAGAACAAGGCCAAGUGUCCGGACCGCCGGGGACCUCCUCCAAGAGUUCCUGCCCCGAUGA